AUGCGCAUUAUAUUGCUCACUUUACUUCUUUCAAUUGUUCUCCCGACAAGGGCGAUUCGAUGCCAUUCCUGCCUCACCUAUUGUAAAAUGAUUAAUGGACGGGUUGACCCCAAUGCUUGCGAUUGUAAAUCACCCGAAAAUGAGCAGUGUGAAGCGAACGCUUGCUUUGCAAAAGUCGAGCUUUUCCCCGAAGAGACGACCGCAAUUGUGCAGAAAGGUUGUGUAUCGGAUAUCCCAGCUGGACAAAGAGGAUGUCAAUAUGCGAGCAAUACUGACACCAUUCACUGUUUUUGCGAUCAAGAUCAAUGCAACACUAGACACAAGAUGAGCCAUUUUAUACCGUCAAGAUUACCAUCCGUCGACUGUUGUUUGUGCUCGGCGAGUCAUGGGGACACCUGCGAAAAAACAUGCACUAGCAAAUGUCGGGGAAAUUACUGUGUAGUUGAUUUCGAUGGUGGAGAGCAAGGUUGCGGCGUUGGAAUUCCUCGACUUCCAUCCUUCCUCAGAACAGACGACUACCUAGCAUACCAUGGGGAAUAUAUAUGUGCUAAAUAUGAAUCGAGCCCAUCUCAUGUUAUGAACGGUUGCGUUUGCACAGAUCCUUCCGGAAUUUGCAAUGAGAUGAAUAAAACAAGAGAAUUUCAAAAAAAGCAAGUGGUCCAGCGACGCCCGGAAAACCAGCACUAUUGCUAUGCACUCAUGCACAAAGCCUACAAACCAUUCGGGCAAGAGGUGUUUAAAAAAUCGUCUACAUGCGAGGGCCAUUUUUGUUUUAUCUCUUUGACAACUUCUGAGAUUGUAUUAGAAAGCGCUGACUUCAAACACAACUAUGAAGAUCACGAUGAGUUUAUUGGAAUAGCCCGGCCAAGAUAUGAAAUGCAGGCUGGGUGCAUUAAAGUUGAUGACGACCAAAAAGUUACCGUUGGAUGUACUGUGGAAACGCAAGGUAAUACCUCGGAGAUUCUAGCAAAGCAUUGUAUCUGCGAUAGCCAUCUGUGCAAUUUUUAUCAUCUAACCAGCGGUACUGCUGACCCAAGACCAAAAGCUAAAGGAGCCGAAACUGUAUCUAGCCAGUCUAACAAACCAUCAACUAUACGUCUAUUCACCGGUAGCAAAGAUGAGAGCAAAAUCAAUGAAGCUGUUCAACAAUUUAUUCUUCCGAUUUUUACUGUUGCCAUAUUUAUCACGUUUUAA